UGCAUAGUUUUAAAGAGGAAACCAGUUGGUAAGUUGUCUCUGCAGCUUGGAGAACCUGGCACACUUUUCAGCACAUUGCCGAUUGGACUUGCUGUUGUUUCUGUGAAUAAAACCAGGACAGCCUCAUCAUGUUUGUGAAAAGUGUUUUAGAGCAGUGCAUUGGUUUACAGUAAACGCAAUGUAUCAUGGGACAUCGAACAUUUUUUGCAGGACUGAGAAUGGUGGAAAUUCUCCUUGUGUCAACAUCUGCAAAUUAGUGGAUCAUUUUUUGCUGCUAUUUUAGGUGAAGUUUAUGUGGUAGUCAAACUAAUAAAUCACUCAAGUGACCUUGGCAAUCUGAUGAUCAUUUAAUUCCAAUUUGCGACCUUCAAUCUGGCAACCUGUGACGUGAGUAGGUGGAGAACCAGAGGAUAAAAAAAAGGUUCUUUUAAAGAACAAAGAAAGCUGUGAGUUCAGAAGACUGGGAGAGAGAUCUGAGAGAAGAGCUGAAGGGAAACAAGGGACAGAAACCAGGAUCAUCUUUUAGAAGAACGUGUCAAGACAAGAACCAACAUGAAAAAAGGAGAAAGCCAGCUGCAGCAGGUUCAGGAGAAUGUGGAGGAGGUUCGGACCAUCAUGCAUGAGAAUGUCACCAGGGUCAGAGAGCGCGAGGGCAAACUAGAGGAACUGGACGACAGAGCUGAAACACUGCUGAUGAAAAGCAAACAGUUUGAAAAGACAACGAGGAAAGUGGCGGAAAAGAUGGAAACUGAGAACACAUGUCUGCGAUGUAAGAAAUGGCAGAGGAUCAUGAUCAUUGUCGGAGCAGUUGUUCUGGUCAUCAUCAUCAUUAGUUGUGUGUUAUUUUGGCCACGGUAAGGACAGACACAGCAGAGACUCUGGUUAAAAAGCUGAAAAGCCGGAGAUUAAGAAGAAGUGAUGGACUUAAAGGCUAAGUUAUGUGUUCAAAAGACAAAAAGGUCUGAAGGACACAUCGUCAUGCCUACUUCUGCUCACACGCCAUACUCUUUGUGUUUACUCUUGUGCAUGUACAAGUACUGGUACUGAUAACUGUUUGAGUCUGAGUCUACUUCCUGGUCAGGUUUUUUCCCUCCUGAAGUCUCAGGGAGUUUUUCUUUGUCACUGUCACCUCUGGGGGUUUUUUGGGGUUUUUUUGUUGUUGUUGUUUGUUUUGUUUUUUAAUAGAUCUAACAGUCAGUCAAAUAAAUGAGCCAGUGUCUUUGUAAAAUAUGCUCUGAAUGAAUGAAUUAAACACUUAAGAUUAAGAGCGA